AUGUCCUUUUAUGGGGGGAACAGUUCUACCGGAAGUUUGGCCGCUUCGAAAGUGAUGAAUGCGGAAAAAGACCUUGCCAAUGACAUUGUUAUUCAAAACCCAGCAGAAGAUUCUAUUUCGGACAUUGCAUUCUCUCCACAGCAAGACUUUCUGUUCAGCGUAAGCUCCUGGGACAAAAAAGUGCGGGUCUGGGAUGUAAACGGUGGAAACGCCCAAUGUAGGGCAGAAUAUCAGCAUCAAGCGCCUGUACUUACAACUCGAUGGUCUGAAGACGGUACAAAAAUUGCAUCUGGUGGGUGCGAUAACGCUGUUACUGUGUUCGACGUUGCAACGGGCCAAUCUCAACAGGUGGGUGCUCACGAUGGUGCUGUGAAAAGCGUCAGAUUCGUGAAAUGUGGACCAGCUAACACUGAGUGUUUGGUCACUGGUUCUUGGGAUAAAACUGUCAAAUAUUGGGAUAUGCGACAACCGCAGCCGGUGUCGACGCUCACAAUGCCCGAAAGGGUCUAUUGCAUGGACUCCAGCCAAAAACUGCUGGUGAUCGGCACGGCAGAACGUCACAUCGCGAUAGUCGACCUCAAUAACCCAGGUGCCAUCUUCAAAACUACCAUGUCACCAUUGAAAUGGCAAACCAGAUCGUUGGCAUGUUACGUGGAGGGCAACGGAUUCGCCGUGGUAUCGGUUGAAGGUCGUUGUGCAAUACAGUAUGUGGAUGAGCAAGAACAACGGAAAUCUGGCUUCUCGUUCAAAUGCCACAGAGUUCAACAACCGGCCACAGGUCCAGCCGGUGGCCGCUCUACUACAGAGUCAUUGGUCUACCCUGUCAAUAGCAUUGUCUUCCAUCCGGUGUAUGGCACUUUUGCUACCGCUGGAAGUGACGGAACGUUUCAUUUUUGGGACAAAAACCAAAGGCAUCGGCUCAAGGGCUUUCCCUCGCUUCAAGCUUCAAUUCCCGUGUGCAGCUUCAACCGCAACGGUUCGGUAUUCGCGUAUGCUCUCAGUUACGAUUGGCAUCAGGGUUACAUGGGUAACAGACCAGAUUAUCCCAACGUCAUUCGUUUGCAUCCAACUACUGAUGAAGAGGUUAAGGAAAAGAAGAAAUAA